AUGAAUAUGCACCUGCCCACGGGAUCAAAUUACACAGCAGAGCCACCAUUAUUUGAUGGCAGUGAUUGUGGUUCAAGAGUGGAGGAUGCAAUGGCAGAUAUAGCGGCCGCCUUUGUGUGGGUGACCGCAUCUACUGACUUAGAGGUGGACGAGUCGACAAUAGAACGUAUCAGGGAAACUGCCAACUCGGUGUUCAGAGAAAGCAAGCAUGCUGAAACCAGCUGGUCACCUUUGGCCUUCAUAAUACCGUCUGCAGAUGGCCUCAACUAUACAUCAACCAUUGACGACAUAUUGAGGAUGGGAUAUCGCAACACGGUGGGUGAUGACUUGCUGCAGGGAUACUCUUGCUCUUCGCCCUGGCACUCUCAGACACCGUCGGGUUUAAGAGACGAGAAUGGCAAUGUGCUGAAGGGCGUCGACGCGGAAGCAUUCCAAAAACGCAUGCACGACAAGUACGGCACAUCGUCCGUCACUAUCGUACCUCGGCUGACUACGAGAAUAUACCAUGGCGUAUCUACACCCCGUCAAUUGGUACGAAAAUUAAAUGGCGCUGUGUACAGAAGAAAGGAUAGGCAUAACUAUGAGGAUAUCAUGAAGCUGGAAGGGUUUGAGGUCGCCAGGAACAUGCUAUCUUUCCGACGGGAACCAUAUGAAUUUCACCCGGCGAAUCUAGAACAAUUUAAGGCCGGCACAUCUUUGUUGCAGGAGUGGGUGAAUUCUGCACUGGCUGCGGUCAAGGCGUACACCAACUUCCCUAUAUACACGUACAAAAUGGAUGACUUUGCCGAGCUGUAUCGACAGCUGGAAAGCCGUGAUCUAUGUCAAAUUAAAGGAACGAUACAAUACCUUGAGGGUAGGCCGGUAGCGCUGGAGGUGACAUCCCAGAGCGAGUGCGAUACAAAAGUCACAUACACAGACACUGAUGGUGCAUAUGACUUCCAACCGCAACAAAACGACAGGCGCCGGGGUGUUAGUGAUGCCAGCGGAGACGCUGUGUCGACUCUCAAAUUGGCAGGCGAUGGCUCUUCUCAUACUGUGAGGCUUUCCGGAGCAGAAGAUAUCGAAACGGUACCCACCGUAAACACGAGCACCGAAGAUGGAACAGAGCUGGAGGCCGAGGACUCUGGGGAUCGAGCACUGACACCAUCUAUCAGCCUGGACACAGUCGUAUCGGACAGAGGAUCUACAACACGUGCCACGCCUAUGGUGCUUUCGCCUACAACGGCAUUGGGUUUGACAUCUCAGACACCCACUGUUCCAUCAGGCGGUCAAGGUAAUACCGUAUCCACAUCCACUACUAUAGAUGCAGCGAGUAACAGCGGUAGACGUACUUCACAAAGUUUGAGUGCUGACGAGGGUAUCGCUAUAUCAAGCUCGCAGGCCUCGGAAUUUUCGGUUCCAGCGACAACUUUUACCUUAUCGUCUACGACGGCUACGGGUACAGCUACUACCAAAACGUGGGCAAGCACCAGCACAAUCACUCAAACAGAAACCGGCGCAGGUUUAUCAGGUCCUAUUGGUACCAGUAACGGAGGACAAUCAUUAUCAUCAGACGAAGCUGUGGCGAUGGCCACCGGCGUAUCUUCCGACACACAGAGUGAACGUGUGAGCGAUACGGUAAGUUCAGAACCGCUGUCCACAUCGGCGAACAACCCGAUCGGUGCAGAUAGCGCUGAACCGGUUAGUACCCAGACCUUACUCUUCCCAUCUGUGACAGACGCAAGUCCGACUGCCGCCGGUGCGAGUGCUUCGUCCGGGACCUCACCGACAUCGGAGGUUACCACUAGCCGCAUCAUAGAUCUACCAGUCGCUAGCGACGCCGAAACAUCCACUUCAAGUCCGGGACCAAGCUCUGAGGCGCGUUCGGGCUCGGGCUCAGGCUCGGGCUCGGGCUCGACCUUGGUAGCGAAUAGCAGCGCUGGUACUCUAACCGGGGCUGCAAUUGCGGGUUUAGUUAUCGGGGUGCUAUUGGUUCUGACGGCGGAACAACAGGCGCGGAUCGCUGGUGUCAAAGGAUCACACGAACGAUACACGCGCAUCCGAUUUCGUACCUUUCGGGCCCUUCGAGACAUUCGACCGCCGCAUUCAGUCUCAAAAAUGCCGUGUGAGGCCUAA